AUGCCAUAUCAAGGUGCCAUUGAAGGUUCUCAAAUAAUACAAUAUCGUCCAAAAGCGCCUAUUGCUGAUACAAAUACUAUAGAGUUUGAAAUCCAGGCAUCUACAGAUGAAUACAUUUAUAUGCCUGAUAUUUUUUUAUGGUUAAAAUACAAAGUAAUAAAUCAAAAUGGCAAUGAUUUUGCAGAUACUUUAGGAACUGAAGAUAAUUAUAGUCCUGUGAAUUAUGUACUUAACACUGCAUUCGAUCAAUUAGCAAUAUAUUUAGGAAAUACUUUAGUGUCUCAAGCAUCUAAAAACUACAAUUACCUAUCAUUUAUUGAAGCUGUAACUAAUAUUACUAAUAUAUCAAAUCAAUCAAUUAGUCCAAGUGGAUUUGUUACAUCAUAUUGGAAUAGUGAUUAUGAGUAUGACAAACCUGACCCUAUUUUGUUAAAAAUGGUACGUAAAAGUACACCAGUGUCUUUGUAUGGUAAAUUACAUGGUCCUAUUUUUACAACUAAUCGAUUGUUAAUUAGUGGUGUACCAAUAAAAUUGAUUUUUACAAAAGCACCGCCUUGUUGGCCUGUUAUUGGAAAAGAUGGAUGGUGGACAAAUGAUACAUUUCCUCAUUUAAAAAUAAUGGACAUGAGUUUGUUUGUAAGAAAAGUAAAAAUUGCACCAAACAUUUUAAAUGCUCACGCGCAAGCAUUGCGUUUAUCACGAGCAAUUUAUCCUAUUAAAAGACCAUUUACUAAAGUUGUAAAUUUAAGUGCUGGACAAUCAUCAUUUAAUAUUGAUAACGUAAUAAUUGGACAACUGCCACAUAAAUUAAUUUUAGGAUUAGUUACAGAAAUUGCAUAUAAUGGCAACAAUCGUUAUGACCCUCUAAAGUUUUCACAUAAUAAUCUUACUUAUUUAGCAUUAAAUGUUAACGGAGAAAUGUUACCUAAGCUACCUUUUCAACCAAAUUAUGAUAUACACUAUUAUACUCGAGAGUAUCACGAUUUUCUAUUAAAUAUUGGUGCAAAUGCAGUAAAUUUUCCUCCACCUAUUGAUUAUACAAAUUAUAAAACUGGUCGAUGUUUAUAUGCAUUUAAUUUAAAUAGUGAUUAUAGUUUUCCAGAAAAUUACAUAAAUGUACCAAAAAGUGGUUAUAUAAAUAUCGAUAUUAAAUUUAAACAAAAUUUAGAAAACGCAUUAAAACUUAUAGUUUAUGCUGUUUUCGAUAACACAAUUGAAAUUGAUGAAAAUAGAAACGUUACUGUAGAUUACUCAUAA